AUGAAGAGUGGAGCGGUGGGUGGGUGGAAGCGGGAGGAUGAUCAGAUGUGUUGCGGUUGCGGGGGUGGCGGGCGGGCGGAUUUGCAGCCAGCGGCGCAGAUGUUGCGCAGGCGUGUCGGCAUACUUCCCUGUCAAUCUGCUCCAUUCCCUUGCUUACACCGCCGCGCGUUACUUCUGUUCGUAGGUCCGUCCGUGUCAGAUCCUCGCCUAGUUCGCGACGCGAAGCCGUUCAGAGCCGCCGCAGCCAUGGUGGGGAGGGUUCCCGUGCGUCUCAAGGAGGUGACGUACGCGCUGUCGCCGUUCGAGCAGAAGAUCAUGCCGGGGCUGUGGAAGGACAUGGGCAAGGAGUGGGUCAAGAAGAUCAAGAACAACUGGCUUGAUGCAGCUACCUGCGUCGGACCCCUCGCAGGCACCUACUGGUACGUGCAGUGCAAGAAACGGCAUAUUAGUGACACUGCGAGCAAAGCCUUCGGAGCAGGAUUCUUCCAAUCCAUGUCCUUCAGUUACAAACAAAUGAGAUAA